AGCCUCUGUCUUAAAAAAUCCCUUUCUCGCUGGUUGGAAAAAGAAGACUUACGUUUACACUCCGACAAAAUCAGAAAGCUGUGCCAGGCCAUGUUAUAAUCAAAAGUUAAAUCUGGGUGAUUGGUCUUAAUAGGUUCCUAGAGUAGUUAAAAAUAAAUCGGUAAGUUCAACUCUUUGAAGUUUCUAACAGGAAACCAGAUUGAAACUGUUCCAUUACCAAUAACGUUUGUAUGGGAUGGUGUGAUCCGCAAUAGCGUAGGCAGUGAUGGGGGCUGGUAUAAAGGUCGGGGGAGAGAGACCCUAAAAAUCCACCGCCCUUCAGCCGCAGGGGACUUCAUGGUGAAUAGCCCAAGGUGCCCAUCAACUAGGGCCUGAAGGACCAGCCUCUUGCCCCGCCCAUCGCUGUCUGAGGUUAGGACAAAGAUCGGGAGGCGAGACAGCGCAGGGGAGGGCGCUCCAGGGAAGCCGACCAGGGGUUGGUUUCUUCAGUUGCGGGCCGCUCCUGGCGCCCGGGAGAUGAGACGACGCGAGGCUGGCGGCUUUGUGGCGCGCGGGUUCCAGCGCGGGGGAGGGGAGAGCGGGGGAGCAGACGUCCCCGCUCCGCUACACGCCGCCAGGCUGCGGGCGCCGCGCAUGGCCAGCCUCUUGCAGUCAGGCUUCCCGGCGCGCCUGGAUGUGUUCCUGCGGCGGCAUUUGCCGCCGGAGGUCUACGACGCCGUCCGCGCCUACGAGCGGUGCAUAGUGGUGUCCAACUCGGAGAACCACACCCUCAAGUACGUGGUGCUCAGUGACCGGUUCAUCUACCUGACCGAGAAGCCGCCCAAAUCCAUCCGGCGGGUCGUGGCUCUGCGGGACGUCGUGGCUAUUGACCUGGUGAGCGGCGCGGGUGGGCAGGCGGUUUACCUUGUAAACCAGCAACAGACUGGAAGCACGGUCUCCUCUCCAAUUGCUGCUUUCCCCGCCUGGCUUCCUUUGUCUGAGCUGCUCUCCAGGUGUGUUCUUGGUUUUUCCGCUGUCAAGGAAGAAAAGAAUGGCCCUGCCUUUUGGAGAAGCAAAGAGCCCAGAAGUGUGAAUGAAUCUCCUCCCAGGGAUCACCAGGAGAGCAGUACACCAUCCAAGGACUCGACUCUCUAUCCUCGUUCAGACCUCAAAAAGCUGUCCCUUCAUGGCCAAGGUGCCUUUCGACCCCUACCUUCCCCCUCCAGGAGGAGCUCUCAGUCUGCAGCAGCUACUGGCAAGGCUGUCAGCGAGCCAUCGAGCACAACAAACACAAAGGAACCCCAGGGACUUCCAGAUCACAACGACUCCAUAAGUGAAAUUCCUUUCAAGUGCAAUGGGAACGGAAAUGAGUUUUACUUAGGAAAUUCCCUCCUAGAUUCCCCUUCACAGAGCAACUCAAACCUAGAAAAAAAGGAGUCGGAACUUCAUUUGUAUGUUAUUUCCAUAACCUCAUCAGUAUUUCUGCACUUAAAAAGUUCAUGGAACAAUUAUAUUAUAAAAGCUACCCUUUUACAAGAUCCCCUCUACGUUAGUGAGUUCAGUCCUGCUAUUAGAAGUCAAAAGCCAUAUAGUGUUAGCAAUUUUGAUGUUAUGCAGGUCAUGGGCAAAUUUUGUGACAUUUCUGAUAGUGAGACCAGUGACCUUUUCUAUUUCCUAGUAAACAAACUUCAUGAGUACCUGCCUGAGUCUAGGGAUAAGAAUGGACUUCAAAAUCAAAGCCAAAGGGUUGACGAGCUGGUGGCAUGCAUUGAAAUUAUACAGACCCUAGGACUGAUGUUCAGAGAAACAGAAACUGAGUUAUCACGCCUGAACACAUUGGCAGCUAAGAAGGGAACACUGUUGAAUCUCUUGGUAAUUUUAAUUAGCGAGCCUCAGAUUCCAAAAUCUUGUCCCGUGUUUAAUAUCCAGUUGGUGGCUGAUUCAGCUUUAGUCGAAAUGUCUUUUGAUGCUGAGUUACAGAAGCUUAUUCUGGAGUAUACAGAUACGGCUACAGCCCUUUUAUAUGAGAUACUUCUUGUCUUUCAACAGGGAAGUCUUGGAUUGGGAUCCACAAAGUUUGCUAUUAGCUGGAUGAUGUCCUUUCUACAAAGUUGUCCUCCCAUUAUUACUUUUGUGGCCAGUAUUGUGAAACAAGUGGUGAGGGGGCUUUCAGCUUCAUUUCAGCUGCUAAGUCCCUGCCAAGCUGUUCUGUUGUACCAGCAAUUUUACAUCCUCAAGAGCUGUCUGCGGCACAGCAGGACUCUAGCUGAGUAUAUUAGGAAUAACUACAGAGAAGAAUUCAGGUACUUUAUUCACAUGCCAGCCUUGAAGAAAAGGCUCCCGUUGUGUUACCCCAUUACUCAACCUACCACUCAACUUUUUCAUGAAGUUCUGAAAUUGGUUGAAUAGAAACAAUGUAUACAAUGUUAAUUAGAGUAUAAGAUGUUAAUCAAGAGUCAAUUUAAUAUUCAUGAGGAACUUUUUUUGAUUUGUUUAAUAUCUGGCUAUCUCUGAGUCCUAUAAACAAAGAUUUUAAUGGAAUGUGCCAUCAAUACCGUUCUAAGAGAAGUUUAAAAUUUUUAAAAAUAAAUUUGCUUUAUUAUAAGUGUGCAAAGAUCUCUAUGCCAUUGGGCAAAGGACCCAUUUCUUUAUUAGAGUAGUUCUUCAAACUCACUCUUGCUGCAAAAUAAAUCACUAUCCAUCAAGACACAGGAAAAAGGAAUGCAGGUAUUUAGGAAUGCUGUGCUUGCUUCUCUUCAACCUUAGCUGCAAAAGCAAGAAAGUUCUCAAAAUGCUCCUGACAAUAGUUCUGUUGUCUUAAGCAACAGAAUGCUGGGGAGUGUGGGGGCCUGAGGCACGGGCAUUCAAGUUCUUCUCAAGCAUGUUUUAUUUUCUCAGUUCAGGCACAGUGUUCUCAGUGAAACCAUACUAGGCAGGAACAGGCUCUUCACCUGAUUCUGUACAUGGAGCCAUCCAAAAACUGUGAUUUUGACUUGGUUCUUAGAGUCUACUAUGUCCACCAUCAGCAGGGCCUAGUUUGUCCACUACAUUUCUGGAAUGAUAGCUUGGUCUGGGCCUGGGGUCACUCACCCAAGAUCUUGUCAGCCAGCCACACCUCCAGGUAGAACACUAAAGGGUCUCUUAGUUCCUGCACCGGAAGCCACCAGGGCUGAUGCCAAAGUUUUAAAAUCUGCUACAAAGAAACCUACAUCCAUCCUUACGUACAUAAAGUGGUGCUAAAUGUUAGUUUUUCUCCAGAAAAAAAAGUUUCUAAGACAAAAAACUAUCAAGGGAACAGAAGCCUAUGGAGAGUGAAUACAGAAAAUAUAAUCUGGUGAGUUUCACUGGUGUAAUAAUGGUGAGUGGCAUGAAGCCACAAAACAUCCUAAGAUAAACUGUUGUGGGGAAUAUAAGUUACAAAGUGGCUAUUUGAGAAAUACUGAGCAAUAGAAUGACACCCUCCUCCUCCACCUGACAAAUUCUAGUGACCAAAGUAUUCUUGGAAGAAUGAGCACAACACAGACAUAGCUGUACAGAAUGUCAGUUCCUCCUUUAUCACAGUGAAAGAAACUUGGACUUCAACAAAAUUAAGUGCAUUGUGCCACUCUGUUUCAGGCAUCUGUGGGCUAAUUUGUGUAGUCCCAUAGAGUCUCUCUGAAAUGUAAAUUGUCCACAAGCAAUUAUGGCUUUCCCACAACCAUUUAAAAACUUGUCUUCACUGUAUUUUAUGCCAUCAACUAAUUUAAUUCCACAAACACUUAACUUUGGUAUCACUGUGACCUGUUGAAUUUGGAUGUCUAAGAACAUAGGAACUGGACUCUCCAUUCAACUUACUAUGACUUGAGGGAGGAUCAGAGAAAAAUCUACCUCCAAAGAAAGAACUCUUAAGCCAGAUUCGCCUGUGUUGGGCAGUGGAGAUAAUGUCCACUUAGGACAUUUUUUUUCCAGGUUCCGAUAGAGCCAAAUGAUCAGCUCUUUGACUUCAAGCAAGUCAGACCCUUUUCUAGGCCACAUCUAUUUUUUUCUGGGCUUCCUCUGAUAUGUGGAAGGGUGGGACUAGAUGUUCUCCAACUUCUCUUCCAGCUCCGGCAUUCUCUGCCUGUGACAAGACAUUUAACACUCUGAAAUGGGGUAGGGUGUUUCUCUGCUGUCUCGGCUCAGUGGAUGAUUUUGCACCCAGUGCAAGUAAACCUCCUUUCUUUUUACCUGGAGUUUCCCUUUCCUGUCAUCAGCCAUCACCCCAUAAAGUGUCUAAGGCUUUUCCUUCAUUUCCCAAUGAGGAGUCCAUUUUCUACCACCAUCUUGGGGGCAGAGAGAGGAGCAAAAUGGUGUUUCUGAGUGUCCUGGCCAUUAGAUGGAGGAUUAUUUUCAAGAGACAGUCAAUCAAAUGCAUAUUAAAAGAUUCUUGGAACACAGGCAAGUAUCACCUCAAACUGGACAAAGGAUGUGCUGGUGAAUGAUAGAACCCACAGGAUGACAAGAGGAUCAACUCAGCUCUGCCUCAGCUUCUAAGCAGUGCCCUGGAUCUGGGCUAGCAGCUGUGCAGGCUCUGGUGAGGGCUUGGGGUUUCUUUCCCAUGGGAUUCUGCCACUCCUCUCCCACUCCUCUCUUUGCCCCGAGAUCUUACUUUAUUUAAUCUCUGGGAGCAAAAGCUCUGUCAAAAUGUAUCUGAAUCUUUUCAUGUGCAGCUAAACUCGGUUUUUUUGGAGAGCUAAUGGUGGAAUAUUUGUCACCCUGAUUUUCUUCAGUCUACUCUGUACAACUCAUGUCUAUUCAUUUGCACAGUCUAGGACCAGAAACUAAUACUUUGAAGGAUUAUCCAACCAC